AUGAACGUCGCCAUUGCUCUUGUAUUCCUUUUGUCUGCCGUCUGUGCACAUCCGAUUAGUCAUCGUUGUUAUGGUAAAGGUUGUGGAGGAUAUGGAAAUGGUGGCGGGGAUGGAGGAUAUGGUGGCUGGUAUGGUGCCGGAAAUGGUGGUGGUUGGUUAGGCGGACACGGUGGCUGGUUAGGCGGAUACGAUGGAGGAUAUGGCGGAAACGGUGGAGGAUAUGGCGGAUAUAGUUUAGGAUUUGAUGGUUUAGGAUAUGGCGGAGGACUUAUUGGAGAUUUUGGUGGAUACAGCGGCGGAUAUGGCUAUGGUGGCUAUAAUGGUGGCUAUAAUGGUGGUGGACUUGUUGCACUUGGAGGUGGCAAUUAUGGUGGUAAUCAUGGUGGCAAUUAUGGUUACGGAUAUGGCAAGAAAGGUGGUUAUUAA